AUGGUGGGAAACCUGGGCCUCCUUGUCCUCAUAGUGGUCAGCCCCAGACUCCACAAUCCCAUGUAUUUCUUCCUCAGCAACCUGUCCUUUCUUGACUUCAGUUAUUCCUCUGUCACUGUCCCCAAAAUGUUAAUGGGACUCUUCUCUGGUUGCCAAACCAUCUCUUUCUCAGGUUGUUUGGUCCAAAUGGGUUGCUUUGUGACCUUUGCUGUCACUGAGUUCUUCCUUCUAGCCUCCAUGGCCUAUGACCGUUAUGUGGCUGUCUGCAGCCCCCUCCUCUACCACACUGUCAUGUCCCCAAAGCUCUGCUUAAAGCUCCUCGCCGCCAGCUAUGCAGUAGGCCUGACAAACACGGUGCUUCUCACUACCACAACCUUCUGUCUGACCUUCUGUAAGUCCCAUGUUAUAACUCACUACUUCUGUGAUAUUCCUCCCCUUUUAAAGCUCUCUUGCUCUGACACAAGGGUCCUCCAGUUUCUCCUCUUUGCUUGUGGUUCUUUUAAUGUGUCUGUGUCACUGACAGUUGUCCUGGUCUCCUACACUUGUAUCUUCUUGGCUAUCACUAAAAUACCCUCAGCAGAAGGCAAACACAAGACAUUCUCCACUUGUGCUUCCCAUCUGACUGCUGUCAGUCUGUAUUAUGGAACUACAGUCUUCAUCUACUUGCGUCCAUCCUCUGCUUACUCACUAGGUAGAGACAGGCUGGUCUCUGUAUUCUACACAGUAGUCAUUCCCAUGCUUAACCCCAUUAUCUACAGCCUGAGGAACAAAGAUGUGAAGGAAGCAUUCAGAAAUGUUCUCAAAAAGAUCUCAGGAUCCUUCUCUCUCCGCACACUCGAGUUUCCAUAA